UAUUUAACUAACUGCAGCCAGAGUGGCGCCGCUAGCUUUGCGAGGGAGACGUGACAACUUCAACUAUAUUCUAUAUUCAUUUUGACUCUACUUUAACAGUGCUGCGUUUUUUAUGAACUCAUCCACACGUGUGGAAAAUACCGACUCGUCACGUCAGCAAGUCGUUGGUGAGCUGCCGUCAUCAUUGUACAGCUGAUGACUUCGUUAACACGUUAUUUUGCCACCUUUCCCCCUGGGAGGUUUGUGAUCUGCCUGAGGUGCAGCUGUAACUGCUUUUUACCGACUUCACCUGUUCUCCAGCUUCCCAAUGAUGUGAAACUGUGUGAACAACACACAUUCUCUCAAAGUGCAGUCAACAGACACAAACCAAGAUGUCCAUCACCAACACGCCAACGAGCAACGAUGCCUGCCUGAGCAUUGUGCACAGCCUGAUGUGUCACCGACAGGGUGGUGAGAGCGAGACAUUUGCCAAGCGGGCCAUCGAGAGCCUGGUGAAAAAGCUAAAGGAGAAAAAGGAUGAGCUGGACUCGCUCAUCACAGCCAUCACCACCAACGGGGCCCAUCCCAGCAAGUGUGUGACCAUUCAGAGGACACUUGAUGGACGGCUGCAGGUGGCAGGACGUAAAGGUUUCCCUCAUGUGAUCUACGCGCGUCUGUGGCGGUGGCCUGACCUGCACAAGAACGAACUGAAGCACGUCAAAUACUGCCAGUUUGCCUUUGACCUCAAGUGUGACAGUGUGUGUGUCAACCCCUAUCACUAUGAGAGAGUGGUGUCUCCUAGCAUAGACUUGUCGGGACUGACCCUGACCGGUUCUGGAUCCAGCUCUGGGCUGAUGGUUAAGGAUGAGUACGAUUUUGAUGGACAGCCGAGUCUGCCCUCCAUCGAGGGGGGGCACUCCCUCCAGACCAUCCAGCAUCCCCCAUCCGGCAGCCGCCCGGCCCCCUCUGAAGCAUUUGCGACCCCAAACCUGCUCCCACCUUCUGAGGCCUCCACCUCUGCAUCGACGUCAUCCUUCCCUGCCAUCGCUGCUGGAUCAGGCAGUGCCAGCGCCACCUGGUCCAGGAACAGCAGUUUCACCCCCAACAUACCUCACCACACCAACGGUCACUUACAGCACCACCCUCCUAUGCCACAUCCGACACACUACUGGCCGGUCCACAAUGAGCUCGCCUUUCAGCCUCCUAUAUCCAAUCAUCCAGCUCCUGACUACUGGUGUUCAAUUGCCUAUUUUGAGAUGGACGUUCAAGUCGGGGAGACGUUUAAAGUGCCCUCCACUUGCCCCAUCGUGACGGUGGAUGGCUACGUCGACCCCUCAGGAGGAGACCGGUUUUGUCUGGGCCAGCUCAGUAACGUGCAUCGCACUGAGGCCAUCGAGAGAGCUAGGCUUCAUAUUGGUAAAGGAGUCCAGCUGGAGUGCAAAGGCGAGGGAGACGUUUGGGUGAGAUGCCUCAGUGACCACGCUGUGUUUGUCCAAAGUUACUACCUGGACAGAGAAGCGGGCCGAGCCCCCGGAGACGCAGUACACAAAAUCUACCCCAGUGCUUACAUCAAGGUGUUUGACCUUCGGCAGUGCCACAGACAGAUGCAGCAGCAGGCAGCCACAGCUCAAGCAGCGGCGGCAGCUCAAGCAGCAGCUGUAGCUGGAAAUAUACCUGGACCUGGCUCAGUAGGAGGAAUCGCUCCAGCUAUCAGUCUGUCGGCAGCAGCGGGUAUAGGGGUAGACGACCUGCGGAGGCUGUGCAUCCUGAGGAUGAGUUUUGUCAAGGGCUGGGGGCCCGACUACCCCCGCCAGAGCAUCAAAGAGACGCCGUGCUGGAUCGAGAUCCACCUGCACAGAGCGCUGCAGCUACUGGACGAGGUUCUGCACACUAUGCCUAUAGCCGACCCACAGCCCCUGGACUGAGAUUUUUACCACUGCAGCGUCACACACUGCAGAAUACAGUGGCAGAGGAUCGUCUUCCUCUGUGAGCUGUUUUUGGUGGAGACGCUCAAACAGUCCCACAUUCUUCCAGGUGCGUUUGAGGCACCUUUGUGCACUGUGGCCACUAUUUUUUUGCUUUUUAAGCACAGAGUAAUACUAAAUCCAGUUAACACCAAAGCCAUGUAUAAAAGAUAUGUUAAUCUAUAUUUUUGAUGGAUGGCUUUGGGUCAUGAUGACUGUAGCAGCAAACUGUAGGACUGGCAUCAAAUGUCACAACUAUAAAGCACCACAACAGGCACAUGGAAGACCUGCAGAGCCCAUGAAACUGGAAUGUUAAAUCGACUACUCUGUGUCCCAGGAGUCAACGACCACCAGCUACUGACGGGCAUUAGAUUCACCAAACAACACAGGAGCAAUUUGAGCGCUGUGCAGCCGUACUCGGAGGUUCUCAUAUCUAACUGUGUGGGUGCUGCUCCUUCUCUGCUGUUAAACCCGGGAAGACGAGCGAGUUCAUUCGACAGUCAAGGCUGAGCAGUAAAGCAGAAGCACGCCGAACUGCAAGGAUCACUGCUCGACAUCACGCCGAUCGCUGUCCGUCGGCCACUGGGACAGCGCUGGGGACCACCCGGUCGGAUCAGCUCAUACCAGACAUUCAUCACCAAACAUUACAGAGACUUCAAACAUUACCACGCCUACAGCCAACGCCCCGUCUCUGAAGUGAAACAUGUCAAGUCUAGGGACCUUUCUAGGUCAGGUAUUGUCUCUAUUAGACAAGAUGUGGAUCAAACUGUGUUGAGAAUGACUUCUACACAUCACACAUUUUUGGGGUAUUUAAACAAUGUAUCUUGAGAGGAAAAAAGAGUGAUGACAAGAUGGCCCUUUUUAUGCAAUCAUUCAUCAUUGGUCUGAUUCCACCAUCUGAUGACCGUUUUUUAGAACACCCUCUUUUAUGCUGCCACAAAGGCUAAACCUCAUUCGCUCUCUGUGAAUCCCUUCUUGCCUUUUCUCCGUUCCUCGCUGAGAGCAGAAAAGAACAAGGGCUGCAACAAUACUGGUUCAAUAAAGUUGAAGUAAGAAAGCAAGGAAGAGGCAGAUCAGUUGAUCUGAUAUGAAAUCUGAGAUUUAAUCGUAGCACAAGGGACAGUGUUAAAGUGUGACAGAAGACAGUGUGAAAAAAACCAUACUUAAAGUCCAGUCAGGUCAGCUGCUGAACUUAACCUCAUUAUGUUAAUAAAUAGGUUUCUUUGAUUGAAUUUUAUUGAUUGAUUGAUGAUUCAUUAAUAGUUUAGAUUUUAUGGACUUAUCUCCAGACACACCUGACAGUCUCUACACACUAGGACUGAAAUAGCUACCGACUUGCAGCCCACUCAUACGACUUGAUCAAGGUCUCCUGUGACAGUUACUGUGAUCGACGGCGAUGGGCGGAUUUACGACGGUUUCCCAGCAAUAUUGAUAUAUUUUAUUGGUUUUAUUUUUGUUACUUCUAUGAAUUGCAUUAUAAUUUUUUAGCACUUUAGUCCCCCCUUGAUUUUAAUGAAAUAACCUGUAUUUUGAGGUGUUGUCCUGCGAUAUGAAUAGCAAGGGAGUGAAUAGGUUGGUGUAUUUUUACGUAGCAUUGUGCGCGGAGGUAACAUUGUGAUGCAUUUGUUUUGGAAAUCUGUAACACUAAGACACCUUUUUUUUUGGACCUUUUCAAUCUCUAGACAUUCACUCACGUCUAUCGGGGUUCUGAGUUGUCUUCUUCUUUGCGGUUUGCAGUUUCUUCAUUUUAAUCCAUGUAAAUACCUUUUUUUUGAAAUGCAUGUCAAUGUUUGCAUGAACUUUUAAUAGCAAAUAGACCAUUUUAUCCCUACUUUCUGUUUGAAACAGGGUGCUUCACUUUGCCUGCAUUUCACGAGGAGGCUGCACUGUGAGGCGGGGAGUAGAGCAGAGCCCAGCUCCUGUUGUCCACCGGUGUGUUGCUGCUGCUCUCUGAGUUCAUCAUGAAACGUACAGGAGGGGAUUCACAUAGUCAAUUUAAUUAUAUAAACUCAACAUUUUAGCAGCCGAACUCCUAAAAAAUUGUCUCCCAAGAUCUAAUUUUGUUUAAAUGCAGCAACUCCGUCAGCAAAAUGAGUAAAAGCAUUUUUUCUCUCUUGCCGGUGCAACGGGUCAAGAGAAAUCUGAUUUCAGCUCUUCCAGUGCUCGCCUCCUCUCCGCUGGCCCGUGCUGCAUGUGAUACCCUCAGUUCCACCAUAUCGAUUUAGGAAUACUGAUUUCAUUUAUUCUCCUCAUGUGGAGACUCAAAAAAAUCUGUUCAUGCUUUUUAUGUUUCACACCAAACCGCCACAGUCUUUGCUUUCUAAUCAUCUGGGUAACAUAGCUCUAUGACGAGGAUUGUUUUUUCUUUUCCUAUUUUUUGUGUUUCAGUUUGUGUCCAUACAUAGGUGUGUUUUUUUUGUUUUAUACAACACUUGUUUUGGUGGGUUACAGUUUGGAUCUUUUUGCCACAGGAAAUUAUCGGCUUUGGUUUCCAGUUGAUUGAGCAAAACGAAGGCAGCUUGAUUUGCCUCCUCCUCCCUGUCCCAUCUUUCAUUGUUCAACUAUCUUUCAUGUUGAACUGUUUUGUUUAAAAAACAUUUGGUCCUAAAUCAGGGAUGAAAAGAGUCUAACCGCUGGGUUUAAUUAACAUAAUUAUGCAUCUUUAAUAAUCGAAUGGAAGGAAACUGAGAUAUUUUCUUAUUGGUUACUGAAAGAAGUGAGGCUGAAUAUUCUGUCUGGAGAAAUAAUGUUUUAUCCUUUUGAGCUUCACGUUGGACAGACGUUUUUUAUAUGACUUGCAGUUAAUAUAGGCGCCUAAAGACACAGCUCAAAUGAGUUGAUGUUGACUGUGACAGAUUGCAGAUAUAAAUUUGACCUGUAUUUCUUAUGUGAGAGUCUAUAAUUAAACAUGGCCUGAUAUUCUC